GGGCCGGUGGCGGCGGCGCGGCGGGAGCGGCCCAUGGCGGGCACCGAGCCCGGGCUCGAGGAUGGGCUCGAGGAUGGGAUCGAGGAUGGGAUCGAGGAUGGCUUCUACGAGCGCUUCGCCGCCGAGCUGGAGGUGCUGGCCGAGCUGGAAGAUGAGCCAUCCCCACCCACCGGUCCCAAAACCUCGCAGUUCCGGGACAAGAGGCAGCUGCUGGAGGAGCCCGACCCCCCCGGGGACUCUCCCACCAACGCCAAGAAGAGGCACCGGGACCGGGUCCCCGCCGUGUCCCCGCCGGCCUCCGAACCCCGCACCCCGAAGCCCAAGCGGCAGCGCCUGGAAGCUGUCAAGAAGCUCGAUUUCGGUGCAGACGAUGAGUUGGCUCCGGAUAUCUCCUGGGCUGGUGGCCCAGAGGCACCUCUGGCUCCCCACAACACCAGCUCGAACCAGCUGGAGAUGAGUGGAAUGGUCGCCCUGCAGACCACACCACCCUUGGAGAAGAAGAGGGUUCUGAGGAGACCACCCAUCCUGGAGGAUUACAUCAACGUGACAUCCAGCCAGGGCACCAGGGUCUUCCUGGUGCUGAGGGAUGAUCCCUGCAGGACAGGGCUGGAGCUCCCGGAUUCCCUGGGCUGGAACGCUCGCCGCCCGCUCCACUUGCUGGGGGUGCCCUUCUCCUACCUGAAGGAGCAGGUGGAUGAGGAGCGUCGCAGGCAGGUUCUGGAGGCCUCCCAGCAGCUGUCAGACAUCAUAAACAGCUGCCUGGGGAGUGAGCCCAGCACCGAGAGCCCGGAUCCCAGCAUGGACACAGAUCCAGCAGCCGAGGAGGAAUCUGAAUCCCACUGCCUCUGGGUGGACAAGUUCACACCUCGGCGCUACAUUGAGCUGCUCAGUGAUGAUUACACCAACCGCUGCCUGCUCAAGUGGCUCAAGCUGUGGGACACGGUGGUGUUCGGCAAGGACAGCGCUGGCAAGAAGGCCAAGCCCAGCCCUGCAGCUCAGCCCGCCCUCAGCCACCCCAAGGAGCAGCCCAACAAAUGGAAAACUAAAGUCCAGCUCACCGAGGAGAUCCUGGAGGCCGAGCUGGACCAGUACAAGAGACCCAAAUACAAGGUGGCCCUGCUUUGUGGCCCCCCUGGCCUGGGCAAGACCACGCUGGCCCACGUCAUCGCCAGGCACGCGGGGUACAACGCCGUGGAGAUGAACGCCAGCGAUGACCGCAGCCCCGAGGUGUUCCGGACCCGCAUCGAAGCCGCCACCCAGAUGAGGUCGGUGCUGGGCUCCCACGAGAGGCCCAACUGCCUCAUCAUCGACGAGAUCGACGGCGCGCCCGCGGCCUCCAUCAACGUCCUGCUGGCCAUCAUCCAGCGGAAGGACGGCGAGGCGGGGCGGCGGCGGCGCGAGGGGGGGCUCCUGCUCCGGCCCAUCAUCUGCAUCUGCAAUGACCAGCCUCGGGGACAUGGGCAUGGCUGUGGGGACAUGGGGAGGGCCCUGGGGACACAAGGAUGGCUCUGGGGACACGGGGACAGCCCUGGGGACACGGGCAUGGCCCUGGGGAUGGCUCUGGGGACAUGCUCCUGCUGCAGCUCCAGGCUCACAUGGGGACAGAGGGGACAAAAGUCCUUUCUGGAAAGAUCCCAGAAACUUCACCCAGUCCCCUGGGUGUUUCCAGCCCUACACGAGCAGGACGAGGGGGGAGUGUGCAGCUUGUCCCAGGGCUUUGGGGGUCCCCAUGCCCUCCCUCCCCUCUCCCCCUCGCAGUUCCUGCACGGCCGAGGGCAGAAGGAGCUCAGCAUGCAGAUGGUGCAGACCAUGAGGAUUGGCCUGAAGGACCAGAACAAGGGGCUCUUCUCCAUCUGGCAAGAGAUCUUCCAGCUGCCCAGGCCCCAGAGGCACAGGAUAGGAAUGGAUCCCUCUUUGCCAGCCCAGCUCCUGCUGGGGGACGAGGACCUGCCCCACCCCGGGGGCUCAGGGGGCUUCAAUUCCUCCUCCCAGCGCUUCCAGCACAUCCUGCACCUCUCCAUCUCCUCGGGAGAGCAGGAGAAGCUGGCCCAGGGCCUGUUUGAGAACUUCCUGCAGAUGAAGGUGCGAGAUUCCAGCCUGGGCUCCGUGUGCCUGGCCCUGGAGUGGCUGGGCUUCUCUGACCUGCUGGGCCAGGCUGUGCUGCAGGCCCAGAACUUCCAGCUGCUGCGCUACCUGCCCUUCCUGCCCGUGGCUUUCCACCUGCUCUUCGCGGCCACCUCCAUCCCCCGGCUGGCCUAUCCCAGCAGCCAGCCCGAGGCCGUGGCCAAGCUGAGCCAGAUGCAGAACGUGGUGCUGUCCAUGGUGUCGGGGAUCGCGCCGGGCGUGCGGAGCCGCGCGGGGCAGCGGGCGCUGGUGCUGGAGGUGCUGGGGCUGCUGCUGGACAUCAUCGCCCCCAAACUGCGGCCUGUGAACACUCAGCUCUACAGCCUGAAGGAGAAGCAGCAGCUGGCUGAGCUCAUCAGCACCAUGCUCACCUACAACCUCACCUACCUGCAGGAGCGCCUGCCCGAGGGCCAGUACGUCUUCAAGCUGGACCCGAAUGUGGAGGCCGUGUGCCGCUUCCCGGAGCUGCCGGCCCGCAGGCAGCUCAGCUACCAGGCCAAGCAGCUCAUCGCCAGGGAGAUCGAGCUGGAGAAGAUGAGGAGGGCAGAACGGAACCUGGGCCAGGAUCCCGGGAAUGGCCUCGGGGAGGAGCGAGGGGACGCGGAGCCAGCGGAGACCCCCAGCCACCAGCAGCGCCUGGAGCACCUCCUGAGGAGAGCAGUGGUGCAGGACAAGCCCGAGAAGGAUUUUUUCGGGAGGCCAGUCCAGCGGAAAGAGGCGGCCCCGGCCCCAGCCCCUCAGGUUUCCAAGGAGGAAUCCCUGGAGCUGCAGAUGGGAAAAGCCGUGGGGAAGAGCGACGUGUGGUUCCGCUUCAACGAGGGCUUCUCCAACGCCGUCAGGAGGAAUCUUUACAUCAGGGACCUGCUCUAGCAGGGCUGGGAGGGAGCCAGGAAUUCUGGAGCUGGAGGGAUCAGCUGGGUUUUGGCUUUCUAACCCAUGGAUGGGGUUUGUGGCCGUGAUCUUGGUGUAGUUGGUUUUUUAUUUUGUUUAAAAAGAGAAAUAAAAUGGAUCUACAAAAAUCA